AAUUUAGCCGGACGGGCGGAGUGCGUCGCGGCGCUCGCGUCGACCGACUGUGUCGACCUCGCUUUGUUCUACAUCUGUGAGAAUAACACACGGUACAUUAAUACUAGUCCACACAAAUGAUAUUAACUGCAAGAAAGUUGUGUUUAUCAAUACAGACUUAAUCGAUAAAAUGUAAGUCAGUUAAAAAUGUGCUGUUAAAUUUCGCGGGAAGUGAACGCUCUAUAUUGAGGCUAUUAAUGAUGAUCUAGUUUUGGCACUUGACCCUGAUAAUUAGGCACCUUUCUUAAAUUUGGGUAAUGAACGGUGACGUAGAAGUGGAGGCGUCACGCCCUCGUCCUCUGUCAGGAGGCAUAUGGACACUUUUUUCGUGGUUGCGUCGAUCAGAGAGAUCUUCAUCUUCUUCAAGUGAAAGUAUAUCCAGUGUUGGUUCAGAUCGAACUGCGGCCAGUUUCGAUUUCUUAUCCCCAAUACAUUACAGACUAUCCGCCCCACCACUAAUUUUACCACCUAAUUCUCCAACUGAUUCAUACAAAAAGCGAGUUCAUGAAAGAAAUCUAAGACGACAACAAGAACGAAAUAUAACAUUACAUCGAAAAUACGGACUUUGGAGAGAAGACGUUGGAUACGACGCUUUUAGUUUACCCCAUAAAAAUACUUCUGAAUUAAACAGUAAACAAAGUAGAUGUCGAAGAGCGGCAAGUGAAUGCCUGCAACGUCGAGCGGCAUAUGUCCCUGGCAAACGACGAGCUCCAUUACCGCCAAACAUUAAGUCGGUUACUUUACCUCGUAAUUACAAGAGAAAACGACCAGCGCCAAAACCCCCUGCUCGCUUAGAUAUUAACAACAAAGAAAAUCAGGAAAUUAAUAACAAUCAAUUGCAAAUGAAUUCUACAUCAACCAACAGUAAUCAAAGUAAAAAUUUUGAAUGCGAAUCAGGGAGAUCAAAGCUAAGUAAAGAAAUAAAGGUGCGCUCCGAAAAAAGCUUUUUAAAACAAAUAUUUGAUAAUAAGAAAAGGCAUUCAGCUAUAGAAACAUCUCAUAUAAAAUUACUUCCAAGCAUAAGUGAACUUGAUAAACAAGCCGCUGAAAUAAUAGAAACAAAUAAGAUGUUACACAAUUUAAAGAAUAACGCCAAUGAUGAUGAUAACAACACUGAAAUACAACAAAACUUUUUACCAGGUGGUAAUAUGUGGAUAUGUACUAAAUGCUUAAGAAAAUAUAACGUAACCAUUAAAUCGUGCGUAUAUUGUGUGCCUAAACACAAUAAAUUGAAUGAUCUUGUGCCAGCAGGUACGCAAACAGAUUUGAAACAACGUCAAGGGUUCAAUAUUUCUUUGAAUGAAAAUGAAGAGAAAAAGAAAUUGAGGGAAAUGCUUAAAGAAAUGAAAGAUUCUUUACCAAAGAAAUCUAAAGAGUGUAAAAUAAUAACAAAUCUUAAUAUAAUGGAAAGUAAUCAAUCUUCCGAAGCCCCUACUCUUCGUAUAGGUUCUUCAAUAGGAAAUAGUGUAAUGCGUCAAAACCAAAUUAAAAUUGAAGAACAGCCUUUAUUAAGGACAGCAGAUGUGAUUCGAUCCCAACGACAAAGCAUUAACGACAACCUGAUACCCAAAGAAACAGCGCUGGAGAUAAUUAACAAAACUGAAAGCAUAAAUAUUCAUCCGCGAACAAACGAUUAUAUGAAAAACGACAUACAAAAUAAGACUAAAAAUGAAAAUGGUCCAAAACCUAUAACCUCGUCCUCUAUAAAUGUUACAAAUGAAAUUGAAAAACGGGUCACUAAGAACGAAAUAGAUUUCCAUGUGAAUGUAGGUAGUAGACCCAUUUUAAACAAGGACAAACUUUUGGGACAACCAAAUAUUGAAAAUGUACAAACCAAGAACAUAGUUUUAAAUUCAAAUCUGAAUACAAAUCUCAGUAUACAUACUCCGUUGAAAAUAUCGUCAUUACUUAAUCCAAUUUAUCUUCCAAAAAACAAAACUCCACAAGAAAGCUCGACAAGUUCUGUUCAGAAUGAACAGAAUGUACCUAAACCAUCUGAUCCAAUUAAACAAUCAGAUCCAAAUUUAUUAAAGGCUACAGAGCCUAAUCAAUCAAUCACGACCGCGAGUACACCGCCAUCGACUAGUAGAUGCAGGUUAGAUCCUGAAAUAGUAUCGCAAAUUAUAAAAAAAUCAAUGGAAGAUAAGCAAAAAAGCAAACAAGAAAAAAUAUGCAAAAAAGAAAUCACUCCAAAGUUUGAUCAUACUGAAAAAAGGGACUUAAUCAAUCAACUGGAACUGUCAAUUGCCAAAGGGGAUGAAAAGGCAGCGGCUGAAGCCGCCGCGAAGCUAGCUAAACUACGACUUUCCUGUUCUGUUCUUUCCUAUUCAUCUCAAAUUGUUGCUGGUCCAUCUACAUCUAAUAUGUUAUUUACAAAUGAGACUGAAGAAAAUUUGGAGUUUAAGAAUCGGAAUGCGAAACAUAAUUUUCAAGAAAAUAGUAAAGUGUUUAUUGAUUCUGUUAGUAAAGAUUCCAUAAACCAUGAAAUAAAAUCAACUGAAAAUCGUGAUAGUUCAAAGAAAGAAGAAAGCUGUGUUCCUAAUCAUAAUAAUGGGAAUUUAACUAAUAAUAAAACACCAGUUAACGAUAGUGAGAAAGUUUUGAUCGAGAUAUGGAUAGAAGAUAAAGUAGCUGCUCGAGGACCAGUACAAUUAAAUAUUUUACGGAAUUCAACUGUAUCAGAUUUAAAACAAGAAGCUGAGAAAGCUUUUGGUUUGGCAGUUCGUCUACAACGUUGGAUCGUUGGAAAAACACUGUGCACCGACGAAACUGUAGCCAUUAUAUCAUUAGCCGGACCGCAGUUUACAGCUCCUUUUUACUUGUGUUUAGUGGAAGCAGAAGAAAUUAAAAAAGAACCUGAACAAGGACGAGACAAGCCAGAGCCAAAUAUUUUUGAGAAUAAAAAUACAUCGGGUGAAUUUUAUACAGAGUUGAUUAAAUUAGAGCAACAGGCACUCGUUUCUAAUACUGAAACUUUUGAAUGUGGAGUUUGCAUGGAAGAAUGUGCUAUUGGAAAUGGAGCGGUCCUUCGUGAAUGUAUUCACACAUUUUGCCGAGAAUGCCUAUCUGACUCGGUGCGCCAUUGUGAAGAACCAGUAGUUCCUUGUCCGGCUAUUGGUUGUCCCGGUAUUUUGCAAGAUCGUGAAAUCCGAGCGCUUUUAUCCGAAGAUGAUUAUGAAAAAUGGUUAGCUCGAGGUUUAGCAGCAGCUGAAAGUGGCACGCGUAAUACGUUUCACUGUCGAACAACAGAUUGUUCAGGAUGGGCAUUUUGUGAGCCAGGUGUGCGAAAAUUUCCCUGUCCUGUUUGCAAACACAAUAAUUGUGUUCAGUGUCAGGCAGUCCACGAAGGUGAAUCUUGUGAAGAGUAUCAAAGAAAGUUGCGCGAAACCGUCACCGCCGCUGAGAAUAGCAAUACCGACGAGGGCACGCAGACUCUUCUAAAUUCAUUAAUUUCUCGUGGCGAAGCUCUCGAAUGUCCAGAAUGCAGUGCUAUUAUCACUAAGAAAUGGGGAUGUGAUUGGGUUAAAUGUUCCGCUUGUAAAACGGAAAUAUGCUGGAUUACUAAGGGGCGACGCUGGGGACCUGCCGGUCGGGGCGAUACUAGCGGCGGCUGUCGUUGUGGUAUUGAUGGUAAACGAUGCCAUCCCUCAUGUGGUUACUGUCAUUCGCGCUUGAUGAUGGCUUGUGUGUCAUACAGCAGGAAACCACCAAACACAAUCAGACCGCCGUACAAGCUCAUAUCUCAGCUGUGGACGGUGCGCGCGCAUGUUGGAGAACUCGCCCGGCACUGUGCCGCUGUGCAGUGUGCACUAGUACACAUUACCGGCUCCGAGCGCGGUGGUGGGCGGCAGGAACAUGCCGGCGAGCGAGGCGGCGAACACCGCGCCGAGCCCCAUCGCGAGCGGCGCGCGCAUGUUCAGGAACUCGCCCGACGGCGCGCACACCGCGAUCGUGCUCAGCCCGCCUACUACUCCCGCUGUGUACCUGCAAUAUGCGUGGGUGAACUGAAGGUUCACCCUUGUAGCGACAUGCAACAUCCCUUGACGGGGAUCUCGAACCUUGGCAUGGGCUGUCGCUUGAGUAGAGGAGGCCGGAAGGGCCCUAGUCAGACGGACGUAGACUCUGAGGAAGAGUUAGACCCCGAAACACAUAAAAAAUCGCUUGAGAAACUCAAGAACAUAGAUCCCGACUUUUACAACUUUUUGGAAGAGAAUGAUGAAAACUUGCUGAACUUUGGUGUUGAUUCCGGUGAGGAAGGUUCAGAUAAGGAUGAAGAGGAUGAUGAUAAUGAUGAUGAGGAUAAAGUACAUUUACCAGGACCACUCACAGUGGACAGUGAUGAGAGUGAUUACGAGGAUGAGGGUGCAAAACCUGUUACUGGGAAAGUAACUUUAAAAAUGGUGGCACAUUGGCAAUCCAAACUGCAAGCUGAAGGGACUGUGAAGCGCAGUACAUUGACAACUGUCAUCAAAGUGUUUAACGCUGCAAUGGUGAGGGCUACUAGUGACGAUGGAGAUUCCACAGGGGAAUACAAAGUUGAAGGUUCUUCUGUAUUCAAUGCAGUAAUUCAAAUGUGUGUAUUAUAUUUACCUCCUGCACUUAAAAACCACUUGGGCAUGGAGAAGUCAGACAAAGACCCACAAAAGAGUAAACAUUUCACUAAACUAAAGGGUCACUUGGUGUCAUACCUCAGAGAUUUAUUAAAAUUACUUGGUGGUGUUACCUCAGAAAAUAUACUUACAGUACUUCUAAAACAUUUGCAUCAAAUGUCAAUUUAUGUUGCAUGUUUCACAAGAAUAUCAAAGUUGGCACUCAAAAAGCUUCUUUCCUUGUGGUCAACUGGAGAAGAAACUGUCAGAGUGCUGGCAUUUUUGAGCAUAUUGAGAAUCACCAGAAAUCAGCAAACAGAGUUACUCCAUUUAGUACUAAAAGCUAUGUAUAUGACAUAUGUAAAGAACUGUAAGUUUGUGAGUCCCUCUACAUGGCCAGGGAUAAAUUUCAUGAGGAGGUCUCUAGUGGAAAUGUUUGCUUUGGAUUUAAAUGUCUCUUAUCAACAUGUUUUCCUCUACAUCAGGCAGUUGGCUAUACAUCUCAGAAAUGCAAUUGUUGUACAGAAGGUUGAGAAUAGACAGGCUGUUUAUAACUGGCAAUUUGUCAACUCAUUGCAUCUAUGGGCAGAUUUAAUUUCUUCCACUUCAAACAAACCACAGUUACAAGCAUUACUCUAUCCUCUAGUAAUGGUCAUAACAAACACUAUUAAACUGGUGCCAACACAUCAAUACUAUCCUUUGAGAUUCCAUUGUGUUGAGAUUCUAAUAAAUUUGUCCAAAGAAACAAAUACAUUUAUUCCAGUGCUGCCCUACUUAGUUGAGGUUUUAACAUCAUAUGAUUUUAAUAAGAAACACAAGAAAGUGUCAAUGAAGCCACUGGAUUUCUCGUGUAUAUUGAGGUUGGCAAAAUCACAGUUAGCUGAGAAUGGUUUCAAGGACUCAGUUAUAGACAGGGUUUAUGCUCUUCUUUUAGAGUACACGGCUAGCCAAUCACAUAGCAUUGCAUUCCCGGACAUGUCAUUGCUUGCUGUACUACAAAUGAAACAAUUCCUAAAAACAUGUUCAGUAGCAAACUAUACAAAGAAAAUAAGGCAGUUGUUGGAGAAAAUUGAAGAGAACUCAAAGUUUAUUGAGAAAGAAAGAGCAAAAAUAAGUUUCUCUCUUCAUGAAGAUAAAAUGAUAGCAGCAUGGGAAGCUAGUAUCAAAGCAAAGGGUACACCUUUACUGGCAUUCUAUGAUAACUGGAGCAAAAUAAACAGAAUUCAAAAGCGUAAGAAGAUAACUAAGAAUGAUGAGUUAGCUGGUGAACUUCCUAUGAUAAAGAGACCUAAAAUAGCUGAAACAGAAGAUAAACAAGCUAAACCAGAAAAGAAAGGACCACUUGUAUUGUUCCCAUCUGAUAGUGAAGAUGAUGCGGACAAUUUUAAACUCGAAGAAGAUGAUGAAAAGCCAAAAACAAAGAAAUUAAAAAAGAAAGCCAAGAAAAAUAAAGUACAGAAAGUAACCAAGGAGAAGUCAGUGUCUGAAGAUAAUAUUCCAGAUAAAGAUGAUGUUGUACAAGAGUUUAGUGUGAAGGAUUGGUAAUAAAUAUUCUCCUUUUACA